AUGGUAAAUGUGGGGAACAAUACUUUUGUUGCAAGUUAUAUCGCUCUCUAUAUCUUUUUGCUGCAGUUGGUGGGUUUUGUCUCAGCAGCUAAGCAUGAAGGAAAGGAAAAUUGUCAAGGUUCUGAUAUUUGUUAUACUUAUGAACAUGAUUCAUCUGACUAUAUUAUAUCGGAUGUUACAGAACCGUUUAAAUUGAAGAUAGACUUCAACGGUAUAUUCACUGAGUUGGAUGAAGAGAAAUACUCUAAGCUAGUCAAACAGUCUCAUUUGGAUGGUGCAUCAGAUGAGGAUAAUAUUCAAUAUUCUAACUUGUCCAAAAUAGAAGAGCGUGGUUUGAAUAAGAGGUUAGGCUUAGACGCUUGCUGCAAUGGUUUGGUUGAUGAUGCACCUAGAAGAAGCGGAGAUAUAUCAGAUGACGUGUCUACAAGCGAGAAACGACAGAUGCCUACCUACGAACAAUAUCUUCAAGCUCUUUGA